AUGCCUCGACAAGAACACCUUAGUGCGACGCCGAGUGCCAACGAGGCGUCUUCGAUAAAGUCGAAUGGUUCGACUUCAUCGCUCACCUCUCACUUUUUUGGCAAGAAACACGGAUUUGGGCUCGGAAAGUUGUUCAAGGGAAACAGCCAUUCCUCAAACAAUGAAUCGGGAAAAGAGCUCCUAGGUUCCAUCUUAUCACCAAAACACAGUAAUUCUAGCACUAAAUCUCAAGAUUCAUAUCAGAGAUUAAGGUCAGCAGUCCCGAUGAUGGACCAUCCGCAAUUGAGUCACGCCGAGGCAAAACAUUUGCACAAUCCUCAUAACUACGUUUCGUUUGGCCCGAGCAAGAACAACUCAGCAUAUUCAUCCCAAACUCAUGUAGCAAACUCCGUGUCUCCUUCAGCUCCCCAUAUGCAUCCUGCACAGAUAAUGCAACGACAAAUCGAAGAACAGCAGAGAAGAAACACCCCGCCCAAGCUUGCACACGAGAAACCGAAGAGGAAAGUACUGCAUUUAAAGAGAUUCUUCAAAAAGAUCCAUGGGGAAGAUGCGUCUCCUCAAAAAGCGCAAACGCCUGUGGCGGUUUCAGGGCCCGAUUCUAAAUCAACUGCCAAAACACUAUAUGAAGCCGAUAGUGCCCGAGAGCUUAUUGAGAAGUAUGGAAUUCCGGGGAAAAUGAUUGGAGAGGGGGCCUCGGGGUCUGUUUCGGUAGUCAAGUCUAUGGAUGGUAAACUAUUUGCUGUGAAACGUUUUCGGGCGCGUGGAACCAAAGAAUCACAAAUUGAAUAUUCAAAAAAGGUUACCGCUGAGUUUUGCAUUGGUUCAACGCUACACCACUGCAACAUUAUUGAAACGUUGGACCUGCUACAAGAGGGGCCAAACUUUCUCGUGGUAAUGGAGUAUUGCCCAUAUGACUUUUUUACUUUAGUAAUGAGUGACCUCAUGACAAAACAUGAAAUAGCAUGUUAUUUCAAGCAGAUUUGCAAUGGGGUGGCUUAUCUUCAUAAAACAGGUCUUGCUCAUCGAGACCUGAAGCUUGACAACUGUGUUGUCACAUCACAAGGAAUCCUGAAAUUGAUCGACUUCGGUAGCGCUGUUGUUUUUCAGUACCCAUACGAGCAGGAAAUCCUCAAUGCACGAGGCAUCGUGGGCUCUGACCCCUACCUAGCGCCAGAACUACUCACGUACCCUUCCUACGAUCCUCGCCCUGUUGAUGUUUGGUCGGUUGCUAUCAUGUUUUAUUGUAUGACACUCAGGCGGUUUCCGUGGAAGGCGCCUCGCGACAAGUAUCAGUCUUUCAGGUUGUUUUGCGAGGAGACUGACAAUGAAAAGGACCCUACCAGGGGCGCCUAUAGGCUUCUUAAGUUGCUGCCGCGUCAUUCGAGGCAUAUCAUCGGCCAAAUGCUACAGCUAGAUCCCAGAAAGAGAAUACUGAUGAACGAAGUAAUGGCUGACCCGUGGGUUGUAAGCAUUGAGUCCUGCGAACUGGACGAUAAAGGGGAGCUCAAAUCUGCAGCAAAAUCACAUAAGCAUCACUUGAUAACGGAAGAAGAGCUCACUGAAUUGAACCUGCAACGCAAGGAGGAAGCCAGGCUUGCCAAACUGCACAAAGAGGCAGGCGAGAGUACUGAUGUCCCAGAAGUUUUAGGAAAAGAAGCUGCGGCUGUUCCAGAGAAGGAUGGGCACCCGCAAAACGUGGGAGUGAGUACGCAUUUAGAUGAUGGGACGGCUGCCAGUCAAAAGCCAACUGGGGAAAAUGUUACUCAAGCAGUCGAAGCUAAGACCACUUAA